AUACAGUUACCGUUUAAUUGUUUGUGCGUGCAGUCGAUGUGUAAACAACCAUGGAAGUUGCAAAACUUACUGACGAUUUAGACAAACUAUUGUCGAAGGAAGCGAUCCGUGAUUCCGACGUUUUCGAUUUCGUAAAAUCGCUUGUUGUUCUGAGCAAAGAAGUGAAAAGUGAAGAAGGCUUUCGUACGUUUGGUCCGAUUGUCAAGCAAUGGAUGAGAGCAUAUAAGCCAAUUUUCAGUGACAAAAAAAUGGACGACUCCGCUAAGAUGUACAUUCGAAAAUCGAGCAAAGUACUGACAUACGUUUUCUUGAGCCUCAUGCAAGCUUUCGACAAAUACGAAUCCACUCACAGUUUGGAAUUCUAUUGUCAAUGGAAGCACAUAAUGUCCCAAAUGAAUCCGCAGAAACUUGCUAACUAUGUUUGCCUUUACGGUCAACAAUUCAAGGGUUUGAUCGAAAAUCUGCGAACAGCAACAAAUCGUUGCGAUCAAUUGUCGAUUUUGGUAGUUUUGUUACUGUAUACUGAACAGCUAUCGUCCGAUCAACUGAACGAAUUAAAAGAGAAUUUCAAUAGUUACAUAUUGGAGAAGCUGGCCGCUUUAAACAACCAUCCCGACGUAUUAAUGAAUCAACAUUCCUUCUUACACGACAUUGAUGCAAUGGGCCAUUGUAUCAUAUCAUUGAAGCCAACGAAAAUAAUUUGUGACGAAAUUUCGUUGAAUCUUAACACUUCGAUUCAAGCUCUCUGGAUUGAUUUCAACAUGAGAGAAAACAGCAUCGUAUUAGUUGCUGUGUCGCCAAUAGAAAAUGUUUUGACUUUUUUGGCUACAGUGACGCGUCCAAAGUUGACAGAACGGCUUUCGGAGGAACAUGAACUGAAAAUACGUGGAUCAUGGAGUGUCAUGAAUGGACCCGGUGUCACCUUUCUGAGACAGACUACGAUGAUCGUUUAUCUUCCCAUUCACGAUCGAAAUGCCGUCUGGAAGACUAAAGUGAAAAGCAUAUUCCGUUUUGUGUCUGGCACACCGAUUUACAACAGUCAAUCGAUAUCGUCACAAGAAUCAAUGGCGAUUGACCGACGAUUAUUGCAAUUCGAAGCUGGCGGUGUUCAAGGAGCUGAUGGUGUUCAAGAUCGACACUAUGUAAUGUCGCAAAACAAUGAAUCAUUCACUUCAUUUUCCAUGUCUGGUUCGCAAUUCCGACCAAAGUCAAUCGCUCCAAUUGCUCGCAAGCAAUUAGAUGCUGAUGAAAUCAGUUUUUUUGGAGACGAUCGAGCCAAUGUUCCAGCCACGAAGGAUUCAGUUGAUAUUGCAGUCAGCGAGAAAUCACCAACUGAUCGUGGUACACUUGCUGAUCUAUCAUUCGAACAGGAAGCAUUCAUCGAUCCUAGUCAUGAGCCACCUUACGAUCCACUCAACGAUACACGUCAUGAUCCACUCGACCAUCCAAUAGAUGAGCCGCUCGAAGACCACCUCAGUGACCAUAGUUCAGGGAUUUCUUUCGGUGAUGACAUGUCAGUUUUGGAAGACGGUCAAUCUGAAAUUGGAAUGAGCGGUCCAUCGGAAAGUGGAAGUUUAAGCAGUUGUCAUGAAAGCUUCCCCUCCGUAGAUUCGUCUCUUUCUGAGAUAGAUAAACAAGUGAAAAGAUUCAUUGCGGGAACGCAAGAUCAAUCGGGACAACAGACGUCACAGCCACGAAUACAGCACCCCGAUGAAAAUGUUUCAAUUGCGAAGAUAACAGAUUCGGUUCGCGAUAUAAUUGGAUCCAUUGCUGCAACAUCGAUAGAUGAAUCCAAUGGAGAACAAACUAAGUCACCAAAGAACAGUCCAUCUCCAUACAAGAGAAAUUCGUUUAAAAGUCUUCCAACACAGUCAGCAUCCUUUUUGUCACCGGUAGAAACAGAAGAUGCAAAGAACGGUGAUAUUCAGUUCCAAAACGGGUCAGUACAUGCCUCUCUGUCAAACUUCGAUUCCCUGAAAGAAAUGCUCCGCAAUGAAAAAACGAACGAACCACUUGGAGGUGACUCCUACAUGGCAGAUGGCAAUAAUCGUAGAGAUGAACCGGUCAAUCUACAACCGAACCCAUACCUGAUACCGAAUGAAGCAGACACAGAAUUAGUAUUCGACGAUGAAGGAAUGGUUUCCGACAGACGUGGAUGCGUAUUCGUUAAUAGUGACGAAAUCGAAGAAGCCCUGUACGUCUACAUGGAAAACAAUGGAUUGGAAUAUUUGAAAAGCGAAGCCUUCAAAGCUGCUGAUGCCGUGCGACGUCAGAGAACGGAAAGAGAAUUUCGAGCGAUUCACAAAAUGAUCGACAAUAAAUUCGAAGAAGAUGCGUACUCACCGAAUGGAUCGCUUACGGACCCCUUGCGUGGCACUGCCAAACGUAAAUUGUGGAACAGUUUAAAUGAUGAAUCGACUUCAAUGUGUUCAAGUCAAAGCGAUGCUUUCGAACAACCGACGAAGAGACGUAAGAGUUCGGAAGAGUCGUUUGGUAAUGAACCGAACGCUGGUGUUACGAAAGUUGCGACGGACGAGGAACCAAACGUUGAUAAUCAAAAAUUGCAAGGUGUUUCGUGUGCACUGACUCAACUGAAUGGUUUGAUUGGCCAUUUGAAAGAUUUCUUCGAGACUCGCGAAACUUGUGAAUUUCAUCGAGUGAAAUUGUUGCAUUUGAUUACAGAGUUGCAAGCCAACAACAUUGCGGCAUUGAGGAGCAAAGAGAAAUUUUCGGAUACAGUAACUAACGUUCGAACCAUGUGCAGACAGGCUAGAGAGUGUGCUGCCAUGAUCGUUAAUAAAACGUACAAGCAAUGAACAAUGAGCAUCGACAGGGAUGAGACUUAAUUUUUUGUAAUUUUCCGUUUCGGUUUUUGGAUAAUUCUUUUGUUUUUCCAUUUUAUUGCCGUUUUUUCGAUUUUAUUUUAAAUUUUGCUCUUUGUUAUCAUGUGAAAAUUACGGAGAAAAUAAUAAAUCGAACGUUGUGAAAACGUUAGACA